AUGGCAGAAAGGAGAGGCACAUUUCUGGAGAAGAUCAUUCGAGACAUUGAUACCGCCAUGUCCGACUUGACGGUACCGAAGUCUGCCCGAACCUGUACCUAUGAGACCAACAUCAAUGUGGACGCAAAUAUUGUACAAUUCCUCAAAGAACAGAACUAUGGCGUGCCCAUGGAAGAAGCUGUCGGAAAAGUGAUCACAAUCACAGGCUCUUCGACAAGUGCUCAGGCUCUGAGCUGCAAUGACUACAUAGCCCAAACUUGGCCAAAGUCUGGCGUUGAGACGCUACAGGUUUUGCAAAACGCGCUCUCUUCGUCUGAUCUGACAUACAAAGGCCAUCACAGCAGUCUUACGUUUUUGGAGGUUGACCUGAGCCAUGGCGGAGUAGUUUUGCGAGCAAACGGAAGUCAAGGUGUGCUUACGGAGCUAUGCGAGCAGCUGUGUUGGCUUGGUGCGGCAUUCCAAAUCUUGCCUGUGUCUGGUGGUUUAUGCUGUGUGAAGCCCGAAAUCAUUGUUCGAGUGCCGACCAAACGUAUCAAAUCGACGGACUCGAUACAUGUCGUACAGAUUAGUCUCACCUACCAACACAAUCUCAUGUCCAACAGGAAUCACAAUCCCGCGGUGACCUGCUGGCAUGCGAUGUUUGGCAAUGGCAUGAUCAUCGAGGAAUUUCCUAUCAAGCCUCGUAUGAGGGAUCAAGAGGUUCUGGAACUGUCAUUCGAGUUGAUGACUGAACUGGCGCAAGUACAAUUUGUCACCAGCUACGACGCGACAUUGGUACUGAAAGGAAAUUGCACGUUACUCGUGCCUACAAGCCAAGAUUCGGGCUCUAUUACGUGGCAUUUCCUGAUGGACCCAAACGGAAAGCGGAUUUCUUACAAUCGUGCUCGUGCGCACUGUGGGAGUCUUCAAAACGACCAACCCAUUGCCAUCAGCAGACUGGAAGACAAAGAAACUCGUCACUUUGUGGGCUGGACAUCAGUCGUCAACAGAUUUGCCGGCACAAAAGAUAUGAACUAUGCUGAUAUCGGCUGGGCUGGGUCAAAAAAGUGCUCUGCGGGACUAGCAGUGGAACAGAAACUCACCAUCUCUCUCAGCAAACUUAUCGGAUUCAGUGGAAGUGUACUCAGAGGCAGCAAAGACAAGCCAGAGCACCUGAAACGAUCUGCUUAUCGGGUGCAGGUCGAGAACGCCCGCAGAAUCUACGUCGUUCUCUACGACGUGGCAGUCCAAAAAGCGUGGUUGACAGAUGGAGCAAGCGCCCUGCUUCAUCUUGUCCGAGCACAAACCGUCAAAGAACCGUAUGGAGGCCACGGGUCGCUCUUCAACGAUCCAAAGUUUAACGACUCGACAUUUAAUUAUCCAGGAGCUUUCGGCGGCCCCGAUGCCGCCGCAGAGGCACUUCGAGACGAGGCUAACCAGAGACACAUCGUUCUGAGGGAGUUUGAUUCGUAUGUCAAAGACGACAUCACAAUCGAAGAUCCUUCGAUACAAUCUCAUUCUCGCCAAACGACCAUUCCACGCUCUGACAGAUCCGAGGAGUCACACAACACUUCAACACGCGAUAGAACGAAAGCAAGCUACAAAAUAACCAGCUUCAAAGACCUGGUCUCCGAAGCUUGGAGUACGUUGGAGCAGAUGUACGACCGUCAACUCGACAUCUCGACGACUCAUACAACCAAGCACUUGGACAACCCUUUCCGCACAGUGCUGGAAGGUUAUGAGUUCAUGGGCAUCGUGUCUGCCAGGCCAACAUUGAGCCGCCGAGUUGUCAAGCUCUCAUCCAACGGCGAUGCUUGGCUACCACUAAUAUCCACCGUCAAUGCCAUCACCCUACUUGGCCGCAACUUUGGCGACAUAUACAAGCCGGCCCAGCUCUCGAACGCGCAGAUUUGUCAAUCCUGGAGGGCCCUUCCCCGAGGUCACGACUUUCUCGCGGUUCCGAUCUCGGUGCUAAAAGACAUACGACGACACAGUUGGGAGGAAGGGGAGAUCGACCCGAAAUCUCAGGAGAUAGUGGAGGGAUUCACCUUCUCGCCGUGUCGACAUGCUUUCCGCGUCUGUUCUUCCGGCUGCCAUCACGACUUCAAUCGAGUCCACUGUCUUCAGCCCACGAAAGGCCUCCUCAAAUCUCUCGGGACAAUAGACGCCGCCAGGGGCAGCAUGCCAAUCAACAAUCCUUUCGCCGAGAGUGACGGCGCAGUGAUCUUCGGCAAGAGCAGCAGUCUCAACCCCGGCAACAUCAUCGAAAACCUGCCGGAACCAUCAGUAUCCUCCGUUGACAGUUUCUCUGACAGUGGUCUGGGUCGGAGUCUGUCGGCCUCUACUGGAGAUGUUGAAGGACAUGCGGAAUCCCAGGCGGCAGCUGCCGAGACGCAAGACGGGGAUGCCGUUGCCACACAGACCUUGACUGUGCGUGCCGGCCGUUGA